GUUCAGACACUGACUACACACCAAGUCCCACUGUGGUAGUGAAGGUGGGAGAACCCAAACCACCAACAAAGAAUAAGAACACAGUAAAGAAACUUCACCAGUGCCCCGACUGCGGUAAAACCUUUGAGAGGCUGUCGCGUCUGAAGAGGCACGAGCCAUCACACUUGAGGAAGAGCAAGCACCCGUGCCCUGACUGCAACCAGUCUUUUGGCAACCUCUCAGUCCUGAAGAAACACAGGGCAACACACAAGAGCACCGAGAAGCUGACUCACCAGUGUCAACAAUGUGGCAAGACGUUUGAGAAGCUAUCRCGCCUCAGAAGGCACCAGCCCGUACACCAGAGGAGAAAGAGGAUGGACCACCCGUGUCCUAAAUGUGGCAAGAUCUUCAAGAAGUUAUCCGGCCUGGUUCUGCACGAGCGAGGACACACCGGAGAGAAACCGUUCCCUUGCUCCCAGUGCGGGAAGAGCUUUGCCGACAACCGUCACCGGAAAGUGCACGAGCAGGCUCACCAAGGGAAGCURGAGAGGCCCCACCGCUGCCCUGACUGCGGGAUCUGCUUCCCCAAACCAUCCGAGCUUCGACGGCACCAACGCGCGCACACGGGAGAGAAACCGCACCGCUGCCCUGACUGUGGGAAGGCCUAUUCCCGGUCAGAGACUCUGAAGAGGCACCUUCUCAUCCACACAGGGGAGAGACCUCACCUCUGCACCGAUUGUGGGAAAAGCUUCAUCGAAUUGCAGCAGUUGAAAUCCCACCAGCGGAUUCACACUGGAGAGAAACCAUUCCACUGCCCCGUGUGUGGGAAGGGUUUCUCACAGAGGGGUAACAUGAMGGCACACCAUCGGACUCACACAGGGGAGAAACUUCACCACUGUGCCGAYUGCGGGGCCAGUCUCUCCACAUCUUCUAGUUUAAAAGAGCAUCAGCUCAUUCACACAGGAGAGAGGCCCUUCCAGUGUCUGGUCUGUGGCAAACGCUUUCUGCACAUCUGGAGACUCAGAAAACACCAGAAGACACACACCGGACACACAUAAGGAAGACGUCUCUGUAUGCUUUGAAAGAGCAGCAACUGUAGUGUUGUACUACUACUACUAAUAUUAAUACUACUAAUAUUACUACUAGGAUUGUGGGUUCAAUUCCUGRGACCACCCAUACAUGAAUGUGUGCAUGCAKAACUGACUGACUGUAAGUUGCUUUGGAUAAAAGCAUCUGCUAAAUGGCUGUUAUUAUAWAUAUCAGCAACCCAGAACCAACAAAAAUAAUUUCAUUCACUUUAAUAGCUUGCAGUAGGGAUCUGCUUGUGAGUAUUCAAACUACAUAUGUGUACAGAGGGGGUGUACUACAAAGCAGGAUCAAUUAGUUAUCCAGCUAACUUUGAUAAGCAACCAGAAAUAUCUAUUGAUUUUUCUGACUAAUUAAUACAUUCAACAUUAGAUAUGCGUUGUUGGUUGAGUCAGUUAAACAAGGCCAAUUCCAAGCUUAUCUUUCUAAAACAAGAAAAGGUCAUAUCAGAAUAUUUCGACAAGCUGGCUAACUCAUUGAAUCGUCUUUGUAGUUUACCCCUCUGGUCUACGCCUUGUCCCAUUUUAAUGAACACUGAACAAUGCUCUUUAUACGUAUGACAUAACAAUUUUAAUGGUACAUUUAAUAGUCUUAUGUUUUGUAUGUGUGUGUGUGCACAUUUUACUGUACUUGUGAGUACCAGAAGUCCUCAUGAAUAGUAAACUAACUAMAAUUCAGAGAAGGACUUUUUGGCAGUCUUCACUUGUAAAAAKGUUAUUUUAGGCUUAGGGGUUAGGUUUACAGUUAGGGUUAGGGGUUAUUGUUUAAGGGUUAGGAAAAAUAGG